ACAAAAAAACCAAACCCAUUCUUGUUUUCUAUCUCUCUCUAACUUAAUCUCCUCAUCUCCUCCAUAAAGAUUCUUGCUUUUUCCCUCAAAACCCUAAACUCCAUCUCUAAUCUCAACCCUUUAAAUAGGAGUAAAAACUAAACACUCUCACUCACAACACAAGCAAAAAAUAUACUAGUAAUUAUUUUGAUUGAUGGAGCUAAGCAAUUCAGCAGCAGUCAAAACCCCUAAUGCUGAAUCCGAGACCCCGACCCGGAUCCAACCCGGAAGCAACGGCGUGCUGAAGCGCCACGCGCCGCUGCACCACCCCCUCGUGGUCACCUUCAGGGAAUGCAUGAGGAACCACGCAGCCGGCCUCGGCGUCCACGCCGUCGACGGCUGCGGCGAAUUCAUGCCUUCCGCCACCGAUCCGGCGUCGCUGAAAUGCGCCGCGUGCGACUGCCACCGCAACUUCCACCGCCGCGACCCCCCGGAGGAGCCGCCUCUGACGCUCAUCGAGUUCCACCCCCACCACCGCCACCACCCCCUCCCGCCGCGCCUCAGCAGCGCCAGCCCUGACAAUUCGCCGUCGCCGCCGCCGAUCUCCUCCGCCUACUAUCCGUCGGCGCCGCACAUGCUGCUAGGCCUCAGCCAUGGCCAUCCCGGCGGCGGCGGCGGCGGAGGAGGAGGAGGUCGGAAUCCGAGCUCAGGCAGCCGCAAGAGGUUCCGCACAAAGUUCACCCAGGAACAGAAGGAGAAAAUGCUGGAAUUUGCUGAGGGAGUUGGGUGGAAAUUGCAGAAGAAAGAUGAGGAUUUGAUCAGGGAAUUCUGCAGCCAGGUUGGAUUGGAGAGAGGGGUUUUGAAGGUGUGGAUGCAUAACAACAAGAGCGCUGUCGCUAAGAAGAAUCGUCAAUCUGCUUCGCCGCCGGCAGCCAAUAACGGCGGUGGAACUGGUGAAGACAGUGACAGCAAAGAAGAUGCUCAGUUGGAAGAGGUGAGCCACCACCACAACCAUGAUGGAUCGUCUUCUUCUUGAAUUGAAUCUCUUGGUUGAGAUUAAUAAUUGAUUAAAAUUAAAAUAAAACAGGUUUUAGAUAGUUGAGAAAAGAUAAAUUGAAAUUUCGGCUGGAAUUUGAUGGAGUAGUUUUCUUUUCCAAUUCUGCUUCUUAGAUUCAUACCUUGAUUAAACUUUGUUUUGCUUAGCUAUGAUGAUUAGCCUUGAUCAAAUAUGUGGAAGACAUAUAUUUGUUUAUUUAUCAUUUAUCUAAAUCGGUAAUGAUUUUGUUUUA